AUGACCAGCAAUUAUGGGUCAAAUUCCUUGGAUACAAGCCAAUACCCUGUAGAUACAACUGUAAAAGCAACAAUUUUUUCCAACUCUUCAGACUCUAGAGAUGAAGAUCUAGCUAAGACUGAAGUAGCUGUUUUAGGUACUGUCUUAACAAUUACAACAUUGGGAAAUGUAGGUUUGCUGCUUGCAAUCUACAGAAGAGAGAAGAAAAUGACCCGAAUGCAUCUCUUUAUUGUGCAUCUUGCAUAUACUGACCUUGCAGUAGCCUUUUUUCAGAUCCUUCCCCAAAUGAUUUGGGACAUUACCUUUAGGUUUAUAGGAUCUGAUUUCCUUUGUAGGGUGGUAAAGUAUACCCAAGUGAUGAGUAUGUUUGUGUCUACUUACAUGCUCAUGAUGAUGACCAUAGAUCGAUAUAUAGCAGUGUGCCAUCCACUUAAAACUUUACAACAACCUACUAGGCAUGCUUAUAUCAUGAUAGGGAUCACAUGGAUUAUCAGUUGCCUCUUCAGUCUCCCUCAAAUCUUUAUCUUCUCUCUUAAGGAAAUUCAACAAGAUUCUGGAGUUAUAGACUGCUGGGCUGAUUUUCGAUACCCAUGGGGAGCUAAAGCUUAUAUCACUUGGAACACUUUAUCCAUAUUUGUUGUGCCUGUAGGUAUCCUGGUAGUCUGCUACAGCUUGAUCUGUUGUGAAAUAUGUAAGAACCUCAAAGGGAAAAUGCAGACCUAUGGAGCAAGACAAAGGGAAAGCAAUGGACAAGUGAUGCCAUCUAGAGUCAGCAGCAUUCAGACAAUCUCAAGAGCCAAAAUCAGAACAGUCAAAAUGACUUUUGUUAUUGUCCUUUCAUACAUUAUAUGCUGGACACCAUUUUUCAGUGUUCAAAUGUGGUCAGUCUGGGAUGGAAAUGCACCAGAUGUUGACUCUUCGGAUUUUGCAUUCACCAUUACAAUGUUGUUGCCCUGCUUGAGCAGCUGUAGUAAUCCAUGGAUCUACAUGUUCUACAGCAGUCCCCAGCUAUUUCCAAGAAUCCCUUUUCUUCAUGCCCGUAGGCAGAACAGCACAGGAAGUGCCUCCAGUCGCCGGGACACCCUCCUGACUCAGAUCCGGACACAUUCGUUGCAGAUGCAGGGCACAUGUCACAGCCUUAGAGAUCUGUACCCCGCAUGUGAAGACACAGUGGUGGAAUCAGCACUACUUUGA